AUCUCCUUGCUGGUAAGGACUUGGCAGCUGGCACACUGCAUCCAGCAGCUGCCAUUUGGUGCUUCCCACGGUUAUUUUCUGUCCCUCCUCUGAAUGCAGCAAUCCUGGUGGUGAUGGGAGAAGGCACGCUGGAUGUUCCUGUUUCAAGAGCUUCUGACUCCCUGAAUACUAAUGGACCUCUGCAGAGACCGCUCCAAAGGAUAGACUGGUGUAGGGUGUUACAUCUCUGAAAGUGUUCAAAAAGUUCAUCGAUGUGGCUCUUAMGCAUGUGGUUUAGUGCUGAACAUAGUGAUGCUGGGUUAGUGGUUGGACUUGGUCAUCUGGGAAGUCCAGAUGAUUCCGACCUUCAUGAUUUUAUAAUUUUCUAUUAAUUUUCUGACCCUGUGAGAAUCCACUUUUUGCCUUCCACUGUGUGUCCUCUAGUCCGGGAAUAAUUUGUUUUCACAGACAGGCUUUCCUCCUGUCUUUCUGAUGGGCAAAUGAGAUGCCAACUGCAUGCUCUAUGAGCUCUGGUAAGAGAUUAAUGCAGAGAAAUAGUCAGACAUCGGACGUGCCUUCCCUUUGUGGAGACGGGACUUUUUUUUCCCCAGCUGCAGAAAGUGGUGUGCAUUUUUUCACCAUAUGUGUGUCCCAGGACACACACUUUGCAGCUGUCUUGUUCUGACUCCUCACAUGAGCUGGCCCUGGUCCAGGUCCUCCUCUGACGGUCAGAUAAACCUUGUGGGCGGCUGGGAGCAGCAAGCUGGCGUAGCUACUCCACCCUACUUUAGUCACUUAUUAGUAGUGUUAAAAAUAGUCCCAGACUCUGCAGUGACAAACAAGAGAAAUUCUUUUGCUAUGAAAGAAAAACCUGAAGGUUUAUAUAUACAUAAAUAUAUAUAUGUGUGUGUGUGUGUGUGUGUGUGUGUGUGUGUAUAAAAGCAGGAAUGCUCAUCCCUUUCAAAAAAGGGAACACAAGCUUUUAUUUGCUCUCAUUUUUGUUCAGGUGUCAAUUAAUUUGUCCCAUCCCAGGUGAGCAAGGGCCAUCUCAUGUAUCCAUGUGGCAGGUAGCCUUUGUUAAACCUUCACUCAUCUCUGGAAUUUUUCACCAUUUUGUGGUUUUUAAUGCUCUUUUGUGGCAGGCUAUACCAAACAUGGCAGUCCUGGUCCAGGGUAAAAGUGUUGCUGCACCACUUGGCUCUGUGUUCUGUUUUCCUGAACUGUCUGGUUUAAAACAUUGGGCUCAGGGCUCCAUUCCGCUUAGCUGCUGACCCACAGAGAGCUUGGUACUCCUCUGAGCUAGCAUGUAUCAUUACACUUGGAGGAUUUCAGCAGAAAACUGGUGCAAACUGGAGGUUUUGGUGCCUCAUUAUCUGGGAGAGGUUUUGGUAUCACAGGCCAUGUCAGAGGGCUGUGUGUUGCUUCUCUGACAAUAAUGCUGCACAAGCACCUGCGCUGUGGUUGCAUCCUACAGAUCGCAGUUUUUAUUUACUGAGGAGGUGCAAAGGUGGCUGAGAGGUGGGCAGGCAGUAACUGGACUCUCCAGGGCAACACAGAAGAUGUUUCCAGCUGACUGGAGCCAUAAUCCAGCCGGCUGAGCUAAUUUAGAUGUGGUGUUCCCCAAAACAUCGCGUGAACACAGGUUAUCCACAGGCUGUGGGAGGACAGGGGAGCAGAGGUUUCCAGGGAAUGUUGCUGCUCAAGUACCAUGCAAGAUGGGUCCCCACCCUGUGGCACGUUCCCGUCUGUGCAAAGGGAUUGUAAAUCGCACUUCUUCCCAAGCCUGGAGAGGGAUAUCUCAGGGUGUUGGUAAGUCUGCUUAGAACAAGGUGUGGUUAUCCACUUCUUUGCUGUGUGAUAGUGUCUUUAGCCAUGACCAAAGAGAACCUGGAGAACCUGGUCUGGAUUUCAGUGGGAAUAGUGCUUGGCAGCUCCUGAAAUURGCUAAAAGGACAUAGUUUGUCUUAGAGAUGUCCGAUGCCUGCUGUCAAUCUGACCUGGCCUUCACAUAUAGUCCUUUCUAGACACCUUGAACCUCAAGUUCUAUUCUGGAAGAUGCCUGUUCAUCUUCACCAUGCAGGGUGGAAAACUUGCUUUGCAUCCUGCCCCUGUAAUCUCAGAUAAGUGAAGGAAAGUGAUGUGAGAGCUCCGAGUUUGUACAAAGCACUUUCAGGAUUAUUUGAAGACUGAGGCUCAUCCUUAGAGACCUGAAUCACGUACUUUUACCCUCUAGGACAAGCUCAGUGGGUUUUCUGGCUGUUGCAGACCAAGAGGUCCUUUCUGCCUAAAGUCUUCUGAGGCUGCUUUAAGCAGCAGCCAGUGCUUGGAAAAAUGAACCUGGUAAAAACUAGAAGGAUAUUGUGUAAUUGCCUGGUUUUGUGGCUCCUGGUAGUUUUACACGGCUGGGCACUGUGGUGUAAACCCACUUUCAGUUCUAUUAUUUUCUUGGCCUGCAAAACUUAAAAAAAACCUGCCUGCGUCCUUUUUUCAAAGACCCAAACAACCACACCAGAGGCUGCAUGCUGCAUGUUGUGAAAGGAAUUUGGGGGAAAUUUGUCUUCCUGCACCGCAUCCAGGCUGUGACUUAGAGACACUCUCUGCAUCAUGUGUCACUGCAACAGAGCUUUACAGUGCGCUUGUGGCAGCACUGAGAAGCAGCACUGCACGACAUCAUUAGUAGCUCUAGUGAUUCAGCUCAGUUCUUGGAAAAUUAGGGUGAGUUUGUGGGUAAGGAAGCCGGAAAGGGCAGUGAUGAUCCUCGGAGGCUGCAUUGCACAGCGGGAAGUUACGGAUAGCUUGUGGGAGGGCUGGGACAUUGUGGUGGGUUGAACUUGGCUGCCAGAUGCCCACCCAACCACUCAACAAGACAGGGGAGAAAAGUAAGAUGAAGAAGUCUUGAGGUAAGUGCUUGGGUAUCACUCUGCAAUUACCAGCAUGUCCAAAACAGACUCAUCUGGGGAAAAUAAAGGGUUUUGCUUAUCCUGCAACCUUACUUUGAGAUAAAAUCCACUCUGAAAUCAUAUUGCUCUGCGGAUUAGAGCUGGCAUGGUGAUUUUUUUCUAUAUACACGGAAUCUACUUGGCUGCUUAUAUCUCUCGAUCUUUAGCCGUCCUGGCAACAGAGAUGCCUCAUUUCACCAGCGAUGAAAUUGAGACCAGCUGACUUCUCUGAGKUAUCAUAAGCAACCUGACACGGACAGCAGGAGAAAGUGAGUGUCCUGCCUUCCAGAUCUCUCCAGCUAUAUGACCAUAUCCCAAAGGCAAACAGGAUCCACAUGCUGGCUGGCUCGUGGCCUGCAGGGGAGUGUAAGGAGGCUGAUGCUGAGGAAACCGACUGGGAUGUGCUCUAGGUUUGCUAUCCUUUCUCUUCCGCUGCUGAACCUGGUUUCCGGUAUGGUUCUCCCAGUUACUGUCASAGAUGACAACACAAUACUUAUGUGGGUAGAUUUUCUUGUGGCUCAGCAAAAUGGUGAUUGUUGAAUGAUUGUCUUCCCCUCCCUGAACACUGGGGAGAAAUAGUCUUUUUUCCCCUGUCUUUAGGCUUAAGGCCAGCAGUAUUUUCCCUGAACAGUGUAUUCGAGGUUUCCCUUUCACUGUGUUUUGCAGCAAGUGGCCAUUCCAGCAUUCAAGCCUCUCUGACUGCAUCACCUCUACGUACUACUUCCCUCCAGAUGUGCACAGGGUUUUAAGCCAAAGAUUUUCCACUUUACAAUAAGGUUGCUUUUCUGCUAAAAGGAAUUACAACCUCUGAGGUUUGGUGACUCACUCAAGAGAGUGAAGAGAAAUGUGUCCAAUAGCCUGGGCUUAUAAGGAGCUUCUCUGGAAAGAAAAAAUGUGUGUCCUGAAAAGCAUCUGUGUAUCCCCGGGUGGUGUCCUGGUUUUGCUCAGUCUGUUUUUUUGGUGGUGGGGGCAUGGGACCAAGAAACCACAAAGAUGGCUCCUCAUCAGGCUACGGUAUCAUCAGCCAAAGUAAGAGCAUGGUGGUUCUUAGUGCGUGUAGGGAAGUGUUGCUGGGGUCUCUAGAUGAGCCUGGGCACCAGCAAAGAAGCUGAAAUCCCAUUGGCCCUGCAAUUUGAUGUGGUGAUCUGUCCCCUGGACCCAUAAGUAGCACCCACUCAUGAGGCCCGUGGCUCUGUGUCUGAUUUAUUAAGCAUGAGAUACGUUUGCAGGAGUCUUCUCCUUCUCCACGAGAAACUUGUUCCUCUGGUGUGACUUCAUUCUGGGGGACCUGCAUGUGGAUAAUCAUCUUAAUUUUGUAUGGUUUUCAGCCUCAUCAUCUCCUAAAACAGAGUGCUUGAACAAGCUGUGUUUUUCUGGUUUUUCUACACAAAUUUAACAUAUUUUUUGGGAAAGCUCUGGCAAGUAUGAAGCAGCUGAYACAUUCAGGAGGUUCCAGCCACCAGCCCGUUGCAGCCUCAGUGUGGUGGGAGAGGGAUCAAGCGCAGGGCUCUGUGUGGGCAUUGCCUGGCUGCAUACUGACCCCCGUGGUGAAUGUGAGAUGAGCUGUGGUCUCUCAGCCUCUGUAAAUAUGCAGUGAGCUCCGAGAAGCACUCUGUGUCUGCCAGUAAGAGCUACUGGUGAGUAAAAACUGCGGUGGGUUUGCUUCCAGCAUCAGCAGGACACAGGAGCCGGUGUUGCAGCUUCUUCCUGGAGAUGCCCUGGUUGCAUGUCACAACCUUGUGGGCUGUGACUCACCCGGGCUGGAGCCACGUCUUGGAAAUGUAUAUCCUCUGUGUUGAAAAGGUCAGAGAGGAAUGCUGAACUGGCGCAUCCAAUGCUGUGCCCGCUGUCUGCGGGCAUGGGCAUAUCCCACAGGGUGGCCAGGGACUCUGGUGGGGUGCUGGGAGCUGAGGUGGCGCUGCUGUGGCAAGGCUGGGUAGUGGUGAGGCUUCUUUGUGGAGCCCAGCAAGUGCUUGGAGCCAGUUGAAGUCGCGGCUGCCAAGGGCUCAGCCCCACAGCGGGGGGAGGAACGGGAGCAUCCUCCCUCUCCUCCCGAGGGCUUCGUUUUGUUUGUCCCCCACACUGAUGCUAAGCACGCAGUCCCGCCUGCCUUUUUGUCCCGAAGGGGCAAGCAGGGAGGAAGGAGAGUUGUAAAGGUGAUGCUAGGACCCUCCCCACCCACCCAUCCAUCCCUCCGCGCCGUGGGAGGCAGCGCUGGCAUCGUCAACCCUGCAGUCUGCCCGGGUUUUGCUUUCCCCCACUCCUCCCCUCUCUUUUCACAAAGGGAAAGGGCAGAGCCUCGCCGGGGCGGUUCGCUGCGGUUUUGAUGGGCGCAGCAACUCCCCACCCCCUAACUCCGCGCAGUUUUCGACACUUGAGCGAGAGUAGGGGGAGGCACGGGGUGUUCUGCUCCCUUCCGCCGUGACUCAGGCAAGAGGGGCUUGUUUUGCAGGGCCAGCACCGUGGGCCUCCCCACACUGGAAUCUAUUUUUAGGAAUUUGGGAGAAGUAGGUGCAGCCUUCACAGUAAGAAGUUUCUAGUGCCAUUUGUGGUUUCACAGCUUUAGCAAAGCUCAGCAUCAGCAGUUUCGAGGCCAGGUGCUCUCUGUGGCUCAACACAGCAAGGCUGUGAUCCACAUCACCCACAUGUGGCACGAAAGCCACGUGCCCUUAGGGGCCCCUCAUCCUCUGCACAGUCACUGAGGCUUGUUUCUUUGCUGUUCCCUGCUCUCCAUCCACCUCAGUCCCCUGCGGUAAAGCCUGGCUUGGGGGUGCAACUGUGGGUCAUACGGAAGGGCAGAGAGGUGAAGGGGUAAGGAGAGAAGGUAGCACAGGCGACAGUGACCCCUGCAGCAAGGUCGUUCAGAGGGACAGCAGCACCCCAGUGCUACUACCCCCUGCUGCUCUUUACCAUUGUUCUUUGCUGCUCUGGGGAGUGGCAGAGAAGAUGUCUGGAGGGCUGGGUAUCCCCUCACAUCUGCAGGGAAAGUGCAGUGGAGAUGGCACUGUACAUCUGAUCUGAUCUACUUGCUGGGACCACGUGUGUUCACAUCUGCUCGUGCUUGGAACUUUUGCUGAUCUUCACAGUUGAGGACCAUGUUGGCAAUGGGGCUGCUGCCUGCCGUUGUCACCAUGGUGGUCACCAUAUUCUCUUCUCUUCAACAGGGGGAUGCAACUUUCAAAAGUGUUGACAUGUUCGUCGCCCUGAAACUGCUUUUCACUGCUCUGGACUCCAAGAACUUUCUCUUAUUUGUACUGAGGCAGAUAACAAACAGAAACUGCAACAUAACCUUUCCUUCUCCAUGUGCUGGCGUUCUGUGUUUUGGCUAUGUCUGUUCUCUUUUGCUCUCUGAUGACAGGGUUGCUUUGAAGAUGUGAAAGCUCAGAGGAUACAGGAGAACGAAAAAUCUAAAGAAGCGACGAAGCAAAUGGUGGAAAAGUUCAAAUUUCCCUUCUGCGCCUGGCCCUGUGCUAAAGCAUCCAAACAGUCAGGGAUGUGCAUCACCCCAUCUCUACUAUCCAUGUGAAGAAAUGAGGUGGCAACAGAGCAUGUCCUGAGGGGCCAACAACCCCACACACCCUGAAGCAGAUCUUUCCUCCUGGGUUGCCUGACUCUGAACAGCAGCGGUGCCAGAACGGCCCACUGGGGCUCUGCCUUCCACAGGACUUGGUCAGUACCUCCUCUCUGAUCCAAUGCUUCAGGCAGAGCAGCCAUGGUGAUCCAGCUUGAGCCAGAGAAGCCUCAGGACCAGGUGCUGCAGGGUGCAUGGCUCCCAAGGGAGGGCUGCUCCCUGCCAGCCACAGCAACGAGGGACUGGACUGCUGAUGUGGAGCAAUGGUUUCCUGAAGAGGAGCUGCCGAUGACAAAAACACUGCCAGGAUCCCCACUGUCAUAUUUUCCACCUGGUUUCUACUACCAGGAUGCUGCCGAAGAGGAACCCAAUUUCCUGGCUUGCAGCACAAGCUGGCCAACUCUUUGAUCAUGUUUUGUGCUGGAUACCCAAACUGGAGCCUCUCUCCACCCUCCUCAAUAAACCUGUCUGCCCGCCCAAGGCUCCAGCCUCUUCACCAAGGUGCACGCUGUGGGACCAGUGAUGUACUUGGGCUUUUCAGCAUUUCCUACAGGUGCUUCUCAUUUCAAUGAAGUAGGUGACUAUACAAAAAUGGCUUUGAAGAGGUUUUGUCUGCUGCAGAAAGCCAGGGCUCAGGAAUAGCUGUGCAAAAACUGCAACACUCAGAGCUGUGGUUUCACACGUCAUUGGCUGCCUCUGUCCCAACGCAUUCAGGAACCGUAUUAAAUGACGACUUGUCAUGUCAUUUUGUUUCUCAUGUAGUGACUUACCCCAGAUGUAUUACAUUUAGAGGAAACUCUGAAGAACCCUGGAAAAUGCUGGUGAAUGUGAUGAGGCUAAGGCAUGUCAUGAGGACUCUGGGGAGCUAGUGCUGCUCCCCACUGUGGUGCCAUGGCCCUCAGCUGUCUGGGGUGUUCUUGGGAGUAUUCAAAUGUCUUUUUGCCUGUGGCAAGCUUGCUAUGAUAGGGACACUGUGUAGGAGCUUGAUGUCACACCAGAUGCCUGAGAGGAAGCCAGUUUUGGCCUCUCCAAAGUUCAUGACAAUUUUAAGAACAAAAGGAAUAAAAUCAGGCACUUGGCAGUGACCCCAGGCUGUGUGUGGGCUUGGUCCCCUGCAAGCCUAAGGGACAAAGUCCAAAGCCCUGAGAUGCUGAGGAGACCCCCAGCUGGUGAGCAGCACCUGCUCAGUAGUCCCCUGCCUCAGCUGUAUUGGCUGUGUGCACAUCUGAUAGGAGCAUCUCCUCUAACACACCAUUUUCAAAACAAUUCUACAUGGUGGUCGAUGAUGCCUUUAAACCAGUGCCCCAGCCCUCUUCAAUACAGCCUUGCGGCCUUUCUCCUCUGUACCCCAAUGAACCCCCAAAUUUAUUCUCUUUACAUGAGGAAAAAGAGGUCUGUCCCCUGUUGCAAACAAUGAGGACCCUUGCUAUUUACCAUAUAUUAUUUAGCAGUGUCACAUGUACUCAUGACUGUUGGAUGCCUGAAGAGCUGGGGGGCAAGACCUCACCUCCCUGCAGCCAGAUCAAGAGGGGUCAGGGUGUAGAGGGGACAUGGGUUUCUCAAAGUUGUACAGCAGUGAUGCUGGGAGGUCAGAAACUGGCAGGAGUGUCUGGCAUUCCCAACAGCUAUUUUCGUGCCUGGAUACAUAGAAACAGGCAACAGGGAAAAGUGAGGCAGGGUCUGAGAUGGUUUGUGCCCUUGGGUGCAGCGUGAGCAUCUCACUAAGGUACCAAGAAAACUGCUAAAAACUUGUGUCCCCAAACUGAUGUCCAAACACGGAGCCCAAAGUCCCACUGUCUGCUGAGGACCAAGGUUACAGUGUCUGUACAGACAGUCUUUUCUCCCAGAUGUCUAGCCUGCUCAGGCAGAGGUAACCCAUGGGGAGUACAAGGGAAAGCAGAAACCAGCAUAUCCAACCUUCCUCAGCCAAGCAUCUUCACUGCAAAAUCAUCCUUAAAGAAAACAAAGAGCAAAAAGCUUUUCUUCCCCUUUUGACGAGCAACCAAUUUUCUCAGUGCUUCCCAGCCCCUGGCAGCCCACAGUACUGCUGAACAGCUCUGCACCUGGAUUCAGUCUUCAUUUAUUUUAAGACAACUUGCCACAAAACUUUCAUCCACAGCAGUAAAAAAACCCACCAUGGAAUAUUUUGGAGUGAUUCAAGGGCAAAUAUGAAUAUAUGAAAUAAAAACCUCUCUCUGUUUCUGCAAGAACAGUAGGAAAAAGUAUGGAAGUUUAACAGAGAAGAAAGUCUAAGCAAAUUUUUGUUGUUGUUGUGGGAGACAGUAGUGAACAAASCUACCCACUGCGAAAAGCUUUUUCCAGGAAGUGUAGGUUGCUAUACCCUGUAUCCCUUGAGCAGRAGGUGCUCGUGCAGCAGUUUUCAUGGUACUUGCAAGCAGUGCAUUUGGAAGAGCCCCAGCAACGUGCGUGAAGGAUGAAUGAACCUUAUGGCCCUGAGGCACCCCGUGCCAUCAGCAGCACAUCUGGCACCAUGAAAAUAUUCAUGGGCUUCCUCGCUGUAUUUGUUGUAGUGCAGACCAUUGGGACUGUGCUGUUCUGUUUGUAUCUUCACAUGAAGAUGGAUAAGAUGGAAGAGGUGCUGAGCUUAAAUGAAGAUUAUAUCUUCCUGAAGAAAGUACAGAAAUGUCAGACAGCAGAAGGUCACAAGUCRACAUUAUUGGACUGCGAAAAGGUAUUAAAGGGCUUCCAGAACAUCCAGUGUGAGGAUGGAGCCCUAAAGGAGCAGCCCAAGUUUGAAAUGCAGAGAGGUCCUGAGCACCAUGAGCACCCCAGUUUGCUGCACAAGAAUGAGACGUCUGUGGCAGCAGAGAAGAGGCAGCCGAUCGCAGUCCACCUGGCAGGUCAGCAGAGCAACAAGGCAGGCUCAGUGCUGGAGUGGAAGGAGACGAUGUAUGGCCCCACAAACAGCUUGAUAUCCAACAAGGAGGGGAAACUGAAGGUGGAGGAAGCAGGGCUCUACUACAUCUACUCCCAAGUCAGCUUCUGCACCAAGGAAGUGUCUUUGGCACCCUUCACCCUCUAUAUUUAUUUGCAUAUUCCCAAGGAAGAGGACCGGCUCUUGCUGAAGGGACAAAAGACACCGAGCACCUUGAAGUCCCUCUGUGAACUCCAGUCCAUCCGGGUGGGAGGUGUCUUCAGCCUUCGGGAAGGUGACAUGGUCUUUGUCAAUGUGACAGACUCCACAAAAGUGAAAUACAGCCAUGGCAACACCUACUUUGGCAUCUUCAAGCUGUAGUGAGAAAAGGACUGUCUUGAGCUGAGAAUCCAACCAAACUUUCUGGAGCAAAGUGCCUUUCCCUGUUUACCUUAUUUAUGUUCCUCUGCCUCUCUGUUUUUCUUCUUUCUUAAUUUGUAUAUUUUGUUAUUUAUUAAUGAGGCCCAAGGGUUCUUGAGAACAAAAAUGAAACAAAAUUUGAAGCUGUUUUGCUUCAAAAA